AUGGCUCUUGUGUCAAGCUACUUCGAACACCGCGAGUACGCGUCCACCGAACCGACGUAUUUCUACGGUGACUGCUUCAAUCAACAGCAAUCAUCGUCCCCGGGCUUCAGCACAGUGUCGCAGAGCCCUCCCCAACAGUCCUUCGACAUGAUGUACACCGAGUCGCAAGACAUGGAAGACGCAAGCAGUGAAUACUCGACCGGUUCCACGGAGGCUUCACGAGACGAUAAGAAAGUUUCAAAAUCGAAGAAGAACACUUCGACUGGAGCACCUCCGACCGUGAUGAAGAAGCGCCGACUCGCCGCUAACGCUCGUGAACGUCGCCGAAUGCAUUCGCUCAAUGUUGCCUUCGAUAAGCUCCGAGACGUCGUGCCUUCCCUCGGCAACGACCGGAAACUGUCCAAGUUCGAGACUCUUCAAAUGGCUCAGAGUUACAUCUCGGCGCUAGCGGAACUCCUAGCGAGACAUUAG